CCAAAACAGAAACCGAUGAUUCAAAACAUCACCUCGAGUAAUUGUGUUUUCCAAAGACAGGUGCUGCCUUCAAGAUGCUACGCUUCUCCAACGCCUCCGACACUCACAGAAUCUUCCUCCCAGCCGGUCGCCUAUCGGCCGGGGUGCCGCCAGGCGCGCUCGGCUGGGGAACCCCUGGCGGACGCUCCCACCGCCCCCGCCCCUGCCUCCGCGCCGUGGGCCACGCCCCCGCCACGUGCCCGCCUCCAGCGGCCAGGCCGCCCGCGACUGGCUGGCGGCGCUGUCCGUCGCGGGGGGGAGGGCGCGUCCCCCACAAGCCGGCGCUUCCAUUGGUCGUGGCGGCGGCGGCCUCGCGCGCAGCCCCCCCGCGAGGAGGGAAAGCCGGUGGCGGCGGCGGCGGCGGAACGGGCGGAGGCUGCUGGUUUCGUAACCGUCGCUCCUCCUCGCUGACUCGCGGGCUGCGAGGCCUGGGUCGGGUCGGGCCGCGCCUCGCGAGGCCGCUCGGAGUGGAGGCCGCUUGGGGGCGGGCGGGCUGAAGGCGCAGGCAGCCACAAUUCCAGGUACAUGUAGAGAUUUCUUGGCAGUUUAGCGUGGAAACCAUUGAUCACCUUGUCCCCGUUUCUGCUUGUUCUGUGUUGACGAGGGAGCGUGCCCAAAUGAGCAAGGUAUCGCAGCAGAACAGUACCCCGGGCGUGAACGGAAUAAGUGUCAUCCAUCCUCAGGCUCAUGCCAGCGGCUUACAGCAGGUUCCUCAGCUGGUGCCCGCCGGCCCCGGGGGCGGAGGCAAAGCUGUGGCUCCAAGCAAGCAGAGCAAGAAGAGCUCGCCCAUGGAUCGCAGCAGUGAUGAGUACCGUCAGCGCAGAGAGAGGAACAACAUGGCUGUGAAAAAGAGCCGGCUGAAAAGCAAGCAGAAAGCGCAGGAUACACUGCAGAGGGUGAAUCAGCUCAAGGAGGAGAAUGAACGGUUGGAAGCAAAAAUUAAACUGCUGACUAAGGAAUUAAGUGUACUGAAAGAUUUGUUUCUUGAGCAUGCACACAACCUCGCAGAUAACGUGCAAUCCAAUAGCACUGAAAAUACAACAAAUUCUGAUAAUGCAGGACAGUAGACCUCACCUCUUCCAAAUGUCACAGCUUGUGGCUUGAACAUUAAAGGGGUGACUACGUACGUACACCACCGCAGCAGCCGCUGAACCUCCAUUAUUCAGAGAUCCACUGAAGGUUGUUUUCUAGGAUCAGCACUGAAGAGUUGACGAGCUAAAAAUGUUAGCCAUGUAAUUUGAAUAUCUGGUUUUAACUGAUAAGGAUUUAGGUGGGGAUAAAAGACAUUUUUGAAGGUAUAUGGUAAAAAAAAUGCCCUAGACCUUGAUGUUCUUAAUAAAUCCUGACUUCC